AUGGAGGAGCUCCCGCCUGAGCUGCUGGUCCAUAUCUUGAGCUUCGUGAGCACUCAGGACAAACACUCAGUCCGCUGUUGCUCCCGCUUCCUUCAGCUGAUCGCGGACCAGCCACCUCUGUGGAAAGGCUACGUGGUGUUCCUCAGCUGUCUGCGCCGCUACAGCUACGGCUUCUGGGAGACGCUGAUACGCCGAAGGAUCUCCACCAUCCAGGUUCGUCACUUGAGGCGUAAGGAGUGGCGGCGCCUCAUCACGUUCCUGCCGACGCUGACAUCCAUUGUGUUUGUGGACGGAGGACGUCUUUACAGAGAGAAAUACCUGUCCAAUCUGUCCCACUUCCCAGAGCUACGACAACUCGCUGUCCGCAACGCCACCUGGGAGGAGCGUCUGCUGAGCUGCAGCCUGGCGGAUCAGCUGGGACAGCGUUUGACCCACCUGAGUGUGUGCAAUGUUCGCCUGCCCUGGCCUGUAGAGUUGGUGUCGGCUGUCUCUCACCUGGUAAACCUGCGAUGGUUGCAGUACCAUCAACAUGCUGAAGGCCUGGGGGGAAGUACCAUCCGGCCGGUGCCCCGCUCUGCCUUCCACUCCCUCAUGGUGCGGCUCACCCACCUGAAGCACUUGUCCUGGGGCAUGAAGGGGGAGCCUCCUGAACCCCUGGAGGAGGACUACUUCAGCCCGCAAGACCCAAACCAUAAAGACGGAUGGCGCUAUGGAGGCCCCGCCCUCACAUCUCUGGAGCUGGUGGAUUAUCCUGAGGCCAUCCUCCCAGAGAGCGCCCUGGAGAACCUUUCCUCCCUCAGGGCCCUCACCGUCAGGUACAAGUCCAUCCAUCAGGGCCUGGAGUGUAGGCUCAAGCACUGGCUCAACCCUCUGCACCAGCUGCAAGAGUUGACCAUCGCAGGUGGACACUCCAUCUCAAAUUAUGCGUGCUCCAUCCCGCCAUCAGUGACGCGGCUCACACUGCGACUGUCGCUCACAAACAAAGACCUGGAGAUUCUGGCGCCGAGGGUCCCGAGCCUCACGCACCUCAACAUUGAACAGACGCGCUCCAAUGGCUCCAUGUGCAAACGUAUCCCCCAGCUGUUCCCCAACCUGCACUCAUUGAGUAUCCGGUUCAUGCGUCGUGAGCCUGAGAAGGACCUACUCCACUUGCAGAGGCUGCAACACUUGGAGCACCUGGAGCUAAUUGCAGAUCGCUGUUGUCUGAAAGGGAAGCUGUGGCCAACUCCUGAGCUGCUGUCUUUGAUCAAACAACUGCAGAAAGUCUGUCGUAGCCGUCUGCGCGUUGAGACGCAGCGCGCAGCCAGAAGCCCGCACACCUGCGACUGCCUCCAGGACGGCCUCAAGUGA